CCUGCUUUCUUAGUAAUGGCAAGCCAUAGAAGAAAACCGAACAAACGAUGGUCUGCAAGUCGCUUAAUGCUUUCUUCUAUCUUUUUCUUUUUGUGUUCCUCAACUGUAUAUUGCUAUGCUGGAGAUACUCUUAAGCAUGGCCAGUUUAUUGUUUUGAACAAAACUCUUGUCUCCGCUGGGGAAAGGUUUGAACUGAGAUUCUUUACCACUACCAGCAUUAACGCCACAGGCCCCCAAAGUUUCGUUGGAAUAUUCUAUCAUCAAUUGGAUAGAGAUUCAGUUGUAUGGGUUGCCAACCGGGACAACCCAUUGCCUGGGAAUUUCACUGGUGUUUUUGGAAUUGCAGAAGAUGGAAACCUCAAGGUAUUGGACACCGCCGGGAAUGAAUAUUGGUCUACAGGUCUUGAGAAUUCCUCCUCUACAAAUCGAACUGUGAAGCUCAUGGAUUCUGGAAACCUAGUAUUAAGCGAUGAUGAUAGCAUGGAGACGAGUCCAUGGGAGAGCUUCAAAAAUCCAACCGAUACUUUUCUUCCAGGUAUGACGAUGGGUGACAAACUGACAUUAACUUCAUGGAAAGGCAAAGAUGACCCUGGAAGUGGGCGAUGCACGUUUAAGUUAGAUCAAGAAACAGAGAGCCAAUAUGUUGUCAUAAAAAAACAAUCCGUGUACUGGAAAAGUGGGAUGGCAAGAGGUAAGUUCCCGAGCUCGGAUGACAUAAUUCUUCCUGCCAUAGCCGACCUGUUAUCCAAUUUCAGCAAGAGCGGCAUACCUGACUAUCUGAAAAACCCAACAAAACAGCUGCCGACUAAUCGAAGUUUAGAUCUCACAAGGCUGGUAAUGAAUAACAAUGGGCAGUCACAGUAUCUGACCUGGAAUGAGUCGAAACGCAUUUGGUCUUUAAUAUGGUCGAAACCGGAAGACGAAUGUGGCAUUUAUAACUAUUGUGGGAAAUUCGAUUAUUGGGAGUCGAGAGAUUUUUCUGGUGGCUGCAUCAGAAAUUCGGCAUCAACUAAUUUCGAUAUAUUCUUGAGCUCAAAGAUGAUGAAAGUGAGCGAACCCGACCCAAAUUUAGGUUCCAAUGUAGCACAUGAAACAGAAUGUGAAACGAAAUGUCUUGAAAAUAGCCAGUGCGUCGCUUAUUUAUAUCAGGAAGCUGAAAACAUCACGCGAAGAGGUGAUAGUGACAACAACUGCUGGAUUUGGAAAGAUCUUAUAGAGAAUCUUCAAGAGUAUCCGAACCAGGGUUGUAACCUCUCUGUUCGCGUAGCAAAAGCUGACAUAGAAUCAACUGCAAGGACUUGUGAGCGUUGUGGCACAUAUACGAUCCCCUAUCCCUUGAGCACGGGACAAGAUUUUGGUGACCCCAUGUACUUCUUUUUCGACUGCAACACCUCGUCAGGCCAGGUUAGCUUCAAGGCACUCGAUGGCGCCCAUCGUGUCGUUGGCAUCGAUCCAAGUACACGAAACUUUGUCAUCCAAGUCAUUCAAGAAUACCCUUAUGCUAGAAAUUCAAGAAUAAUUCCGCGGCUUAAUGAGUCAUUGCCAUUUAUUUCGAACGGCACUUUGGAUACUAUUGUAGGCAACUCCCCUGAUCAAUUUGAAGGCAGAUUGGAGGCUUCUCGAUUACAAAGGAAAAUUAAAGUCGGCGUACGGAUUAGUUGGGAGCCACCAAUGGAGCCAACCUGUAAUUCAUCCACGGACUGCAAGGAUUGGCCAAAUUCAACUUGCAAUGAAACAGGAGAAGGAAAGCUGAGGUGUCUUUGCCAUCCAAACUUCCGAUGGGAUGGCUCAAAUUUGAAUUGUACUAAAGAAGGUGAUUUUCCUACGUCUCCAGAAGAGCCUUCGAAAGAUCAGCCUUCAACGAGAAAGAUUCCAUUGCUCCUGAUUGUUGUGUUACCUCUUGUAUGUGUGACUGCUCUCGCUUGCAUCAUUAUUUUUAUGUACAUAAGAAAGAUGGCCAAGAGGCAAGAAGUGACAAGGGAGAAAAGAAAACAAGCACUUCACGCAUUGAACAGUGAAAAACAUGUCAGAGACUUGAUAGACUCGGUUGGGUCCAUAGAAGAAGAUGGGCAAGGCAUAGAAGUACCCUUUUUUGAUUUGGAAUGCAUACUAGCCGCUACAAAUAACUUCUCAGACGCAAACAGGCUCGGGCAGGGGGGCUACGGGCCUGUUUACCUGGGUACAUUUCCAGGAGGUCAUGAAAUUGCUGUAAAGAGGCUCUCAAGUGUAUCACUUCAAGGCUUACAGGAAUUUAAAAAUGAGGUGGUCUUGAUUUCCAAACUCCAACAUAGGAAUCUUGUUAGACUUCAAGGAUAUUGCAUAAAUGUAGAUGAAAAGAUUUUACUCUAUGAGUACAUUUGCUUCAACAUUAUCUUGGGAAUAACUCGAGGACUUCUUUAUCUUCACCAAGACUCUAGAUUGAGGAUCAUCCAUAGAGAUCUGAAAACCAGCAACAUUCUUCUUGAUGAGGAGAUGAACCCCAAAAUAUCUGACUUUGGUUUGGCAAGGAUGGUUGGAGGAAAAGAAACUGGGGAUAACACAACCCGAGUCACCGGAACUUUGGGCUAUAUAUCUCCAGAGUACACAUUAAAUGGAAUUUUCUCAUUCAAAUCCGAUGUUUAUAGUUUUGGAAUAGUUCUCCUUGAGAUAAUAUGUGGAAAAAAGAAUACAGGAUUUUAUCAAUCAGAAGAAGCCAUGAGCCUUGUCACUUAUACAUGGAGAUUGUGGGAAGAAAACAGGGUGUUGGACUCAAUGGACCAAUCCUUGCGGGAGAGUUGCAAUGUUGACCAGUUCUUGAAGUGCGUUAAUAUUGCAUUCUUAUGCGUACAAGAAGACCCAAGUGACCACCCCACCAUCUCAAAUAUCAUUACCAUGCUUGACAGUGAGACUGCGACAGUUCCAACUCCUAGACAACCAGCUUUCAUUCUUAGAAAAGGCCUGCCUAGCACAGCAAAGGAAAUAGAGGCCACUGCAAGGCCAUUUCGAUUUUCCAUUGUCCUAAAGUUCCUCCGUCAGAGACCCUCACUCGGCUCUAUAAGGAUGUCGAAAGAAGAAGAUUUUAACAAAGCUUUGUCUAGAGAGUCCUAUGAGAUCAAUGGCGUCUGCUAUAGGCCAUUUGCAUGGUCCCCAGAUUACACAGAGGAAUAUGAAUCACCAUGCGUGCCUGUGUGGGUUUUCUUGCCUGCACUUCCUCCUCAUUUUUACCAUGCUUCGGUAUUGAAAAUGAUAACGGCGCCGAUUGGAAAGUUCAUUCGGAGAGACAAUCCGAGUACAUAUGCUACAAGAACUAAUGGAGCAAGGAUUUGUUUAGAGGUCGAUGCUUCCCGAGAUCCGAUCACUCACUUCUGGCUUGGAUGUCUAGGGCUACCUCACAGUAGGAGACAAGAGGUGGUCUAUGAAACCUUACCUGCUUACUGCUGCAACUAUCAUCAACAGGGCCAUAAUUCUAAAACAUGCCGUAAUGGUAAAGACCAUACCAGGAAAGGGACUUGGAAUCAGGUUUGGGUCAAGAAAGGGUCUUCAUCAGAAUUAGAAGCUGGGAAAAAUCAUACGGAUGAGAAUGAAGCAGGAGGGUCUUUGGAAAAGGAGAAUAAUACAGACAAGGAAACAGGGGGCCAACUAGUUCUUCAGGUGAAGGGAGUCGAACAAGAAAAAGUGCAGCAUGCCACCCACGACCUACAUGAAGUAGAAGAGGAAGAAGAAGGUAGAGAGCCUAAAGGGUCGAAUAGCGUAAAUAACCAAGAGAUUAGUGGAACAAUAAGGCCCACUGUAGCUACAGGUCAAGGACAGGAUAACAUCAACCCACAAGAGGUUAGCACAGAAGCCAUUAAUCCAGUUGUGAGCAGAGUAACUGAUUUGGAUGAAGAAUGGGAGAAUCCUCUAAUAUGCCUAAAGAGGAAAUCGAAGAAGAAAAAUGCAAGGUCCCUAGCAGUUAGUACUAGUGAGAAAUUUAUGGUUGUAGAUGAAGAGGAAAGAAUGGAUGAGUUACUCUUUUCCCAUUCAGAUCACGAGAGUGAGAGAGACAAAAUUAAGAAUGAUAUGCGCAAGGAAUACUGUACAGAUUCUGAGGGCUCCAACAAUCCCAGAAAAACAAGCCAAAAAAGGAGCUCGACCAGGGUGGAAGAUUCAAACAAGCUCGGACAAGGGGGCUACGGGCCUGUUUACAUGGGUACAUUUUCAGGAGGUCAAGAAAUUGCUGUAAAGAGGCUCUUAAGUGUAUCAGGACAAGGCUUACAGGAAUUUAGAAAUGAGGUGGUGUUGAUUUCAAAACUCCAACACAGGAAUCUUGUUAGACUUCGAGGAUAUUGCAUAAAGGGAGAUGAAAAGAUUUUACUCUAUGAGUACAUGCCCAACAAAAGUUUGGACUUAUUUCUAUUUGAUCAAAAUCUUAGCAUGCUUUUGGACUGGAAGAUUCGCUUCAACAUUAUCUUGGGAAUAGCUAGAGGACUUCUUUAUCUUCAUCAAGACUCCAGAUUGAGGAUCAUCCACAGAGAUCUGAAAACUAGCAACAUUCUUCUAGAUGAGGAGAUGAACCCCAAAAUAUCCGACUUUGGCUUGGCAAGGAUUGUUUCAGGCAAAGAAACUGGGGAUAACACAAUCCGAGUAGCUGGAACUUGUGGCUAUAUGUCUCCGAAGUACGCAUUAGAUGGACUUUUCUCGGUCAAAUCCGAUGUUUAUAGUUUUGGUGUAGUUCUUCUUGAGAUUAUAAGUGGAAAAAAGAACACAGGAUUUUAUCGGUCUGAAGAAGCCAUGAGCCUUAUAGCUUAUGCAUGGAGAUUGUGGGUAGAAAACAAGUUGUUGGAUUUAAUGGACCAGAAUUUGCGUGAGAGUUGCAAUGUUGAUCAGUUCUUGAAAUGCGUUAAUAUUGUAUUCUUAUGCGUACAAGAAGACCCAAGUGACCGCCCCACCAUCUCAAAUAUCGUUACCAUGCUUGACAGUGAGACUGCGAUAGUUCCAAAUCCGAAACAACCAGCUUUCAUUCUGAAGAGAGGACUUUUUAGCACAGCAAGUUCUUCUAGUCGACCGGAGACACAUACAGAAUUGAACAUUAGUUCAGGAGAAAUACAAAAUGAAUGAUGUGGUGAAUGUGCUGUUUCUAUGCUACCUACUCUGGUUUUAGCUGUAUUCUUGCUGGAAAUUUAUAUGUGUGAGUCUUAACAUUCAUACAUUUUAC